CAUCGUCGAGAGGACAUCAGUGAGCUCCAGAUUUCGGCAAGGACCAACUAGGAGUGUCCUGCAGAUGACGUCACAGCCAGCGCGCGAUGCGUCAGUGAACAUUCGAAGUUGAACCAGCCAUCGCCGGGGCCCCACUGGAGAGCGCCGUCACUCAUCACAGAACAGUAGUGAUCCGUAGGAGAAUGUAGCCAAGAUAUCGCAGUCGGUGACUGCAAGAAACUGGGGCAGGAGUCCACCCUGGCCACAUCAUCGCGAGGCGAACCACGUCCAACCGAUCCUGCAAGCAAACGAAUCUUGCCGGGAGCCGUAAGGUCCAGGGGACAGUACCGAGGAGGACCCUGGACGUCACGGCUUGGCGGCACGUUCGCAGAUGCGCGCGUGUGACGGUGACGAAGCGCUCCCGUGAUACGAAGGCGUCGCUGAUUGGCCAGCCAGCGGCGAGCGUUCUCCAAAACAUGGCGUCCAGGACGCUGCUGUGGACGCUGGCGGUCUCGGCCUGCUGCCUGGCAGCGUCGGCGGGUCCAGUCACGACGACCCCCGACGCGUCGUCGUCGACGCCGCCGAGGUCGACGAUGCCGGGCGAUUCGACGACCGGGCACGAGGAGCCCGGCAACCUCUUCGUACCCCCGCACUACAGGGCAAGCCCCGAGCCCAACAGCACCGACGGCCAGCCCUCACACGGAGAGGGCUCCAAUGCUGCGGAGCCACGUCCUCUUCCUCCUCGGUCUCCGCCGGCACGUCGACACCGAACAAGGUUUGGGCUACGGCGUCCUUCUCUGGCCAAAGGUCUUUACCCGCCUUUCCAAGUAUACUCUGCCAACACUGGCCACAGCGUGCCCCAAGAAGAACCAGCUAGACUUGAUCAUAAGUUGGCAAGCCAACACAAGGACCAGUACGGCAAGUCCGAAAAAGGUUUUCACGGUUCAGGGAUGCACGAAACCAAGGACAUCAUCCCUUCACCGCAGUCCGCGCAGCCAGUAGCGCAAGUAAACGAAACGCUAGAGGCAGCAACAAAUGGCACGGCCAACGAGGACACCAGCGGCGUAGCCACCAUGGUGCUAUCGGAGACGACGAUAUGGACGCUUGCGCUGUGUGCCACCAUGAUCAUUGUCGCCGUCGCCUUCUUCGCAGUCGUUCUUGUCGUCUGCCGCUGCCGACAGCAGCGCGAACGUCGCAAGCGAUACCUGAACACGCACACGAACAUUCGAGUCAUGCAAAACAUGGUCAAGAUCGCAAAGCGCCGGGAGAAACAGGCCACCAUAAACCAGGGGCCCUUCAGCAGGAUAUCCAUACCGUGAUUAACUGCCCAAAACCAAACGUGGCUCAAUAAUCACAAGGGCAAAUGUGCCUGAGAAAGUAGCAGCAUUCAUCUGCUGUCUUCCUCUAUGAUGCUGAUAGGUCCAGUUGGGCAACAAGUGCCCCCAGGAAGUUGUAGAGCUUAUGCACGUGUGCCUGCCAUCUCGGCUUUUUUUUCUCUCACAACCGUGACUUUGUGUUUGCAAUUGCUGUAUGAAACAGUUACAAGUGGCGAUAUCGCAAGUGGUUAGGACACAAGAAAGUUCGGUCAUGUGAAACAUGGUCAACAUCGCACAACAGUCGGAUACUGCGAGGCAUAAGCAGGCUUGUGUCGCAACGCCUGGAACCGAUGCGCAAUUUGAUCACCAAGAGAAACGAUCCGUUACUAGUAACAGCCCUUGCUUGAUGUGCUUGUCUAAGACCAUGAUGGCCAAGAGUGGCAUGAGAAGCCAUCAAAAUUAUCGUGCUUUCAAGUGUGCGUUUUGCUUCGUUUUACAACCUUAAGCAUAUUUUACAAUCCAAGCAUGCUGCCAUUAUCUCGUGCAUCUAGUCUGCCAGGCUUCUCUGCUGAGCAAGGUGUCCACGAUGGUGCGACCAAAACAGAUCUCAUGGCAUGUUUACAUAGCCAGUUAUUGUUAACUACAAAGGUGCCAUAAAUGGUGAUUAGUACGGGGUACUACAAACUGUUGUAGUGCAAUGCUGUUGCCACUGACAUGCAAGGACGUUGCAACAUUUACAUAUGUCUGUGUGUAUUCAUUUGACAAAAGGAGUGCUGUCAUAGUUUCCUAAUUUUUCUGAUUAUUAUGUAGCAAGCAUGUAUUAUGUAGUGUGUGUUAUCAGCUGCUACAGCUGGUGUGACUUUAUUGUGUGUAUUUAUUAUCUGUGACUGUGUGUUAUAAGACAUUCAUAAUAUGCCAUGGAAGUCGUGCUACCACAAGCCACUUCUGCUGUUGCUCCAAAAAAUCAGGCACCAAAAAUGUUCUCUUUCUCCAAAGCAUGAUGAACAUGCCUUUUUUAGCUGUAAGCAGUUGCUGGCUCACAACUGCACCAUUAUUCCACACUUUUAUUUAGACACGAUCCUCAGUGUGUGAAAUUUUUUAAAUGUUACUAGAAUGGAGUGCUUAGUUCAGCAGAAAGAGUAAAAUUUCAUACCGGUAUUUUCCCGAUACUCGAGGCUCAAAACAAUUUUCUAUCUCAACUAGGAAUUGAGUGAUAAUGUUUAAUACUACCAUUAACAGCCAGCCAUUUGAGUGCCAUAUUGUGCGUAAGGUAAGCCUGUCCCCUGUAGUAGUAAGAGAGCUAGCA